AAGUUCUUAAUACAAUCAAAGGAAUUUUUAGUGAGAUUGAUAAAGAUACGUCUCUCAAAAAGAUAUGGGAAGAAACGCUUGAUAAAAGCGUAAAGCCUUUAUCACAGGCUGAGAAGAGGAGAUAUUCUAGUAGUAGUUAUGAAG